AUGGCCACGAGGGUGCUCGUGGAGGUGGCCGCAUCUUCGCUUUCGCCGUGGGUCGCCUUCGUGUCGGGUACCAGCGGUGAGUACCUCGUGUCGCCGAUAUUUUUGCCCGUUGUCUGGGGGCUGCUGUUCGCGUUCAUGAUGCGAGUUGGUGCUGGCUUCUGCUGUGCGGUAUCGGUGGUGGUCGCCAGCCAGGACGACCAGGCAGAGGACGCAGAGCCGGGCACAGACGUCGACGGUCUUCGGCAAGCCGCGCCAGCAGCAGGGCCGCACAGAGCGUUCGCUUUGAAGGCAGCCUGCUUGGGGCUCGCGGCGUCCGCGCUGCUCGCGGCAGCGCUCCGCGCCGCCCCGCGGCCGGGGCGGGGCGUCGCGAGGCGGUCCUCCCAGAUCGACGAGGACAGCGUAGUGGCGCUCGUCGGGAGCCCCUCGCCACACCCGGUGAGCAUCGACGACCUGCUGCACGACAGAGGACCAUCAGGGGCAUCACCUGCGCCCGGACCAUCUGCGGCAUCGCCUGGGCCAGCGCCGCCCGUCGUGCACAGCGGAGGCUCGGAUGUGAAGGCGGCCACCUCGUGCCGCAACUUGGACCAGAUCGCCCUCGGCGAGGGCAAGCUGAAGACGAGCACCGACGAGUGCCACAGUUGGUGCCAGGGCGUGGGCGGCUGCGUGGGCUUCCAGUUCCAGGCGGAGGAGAAGUGCCCGCAGCUCGGCGGCGAGCCGGCCCUCCUGGGCAUCGGGGCCUGCGUGCUGCUGCUCGGCGCCUGCGAGGAGCAGCCGAGCUCAUGCUUUGAGGUGCACGCCGUCCAGGGCGGCAAGGCGCCGCGGUGGAACCUCAAGGGAGAUCAGGGGAGGAGAAGGCACCGAAGUUCUGCUACCCUUCCUUCGUGCUCGCCUUUUUGGGCCUCUUGGGAGGUCCCCCUCGCCACUGUUGGGUUCGCCUCGAGACUAUGGUCAGAACGCACCGUGGGAGAGGUCCGGGGAGGAGAGGUACGGGUACAUUCUGGCUUCAGGAGAGAACACGUGGUGCUCCAACUGGGAGCAGAUCCACAUCGGCACCAUCGACGAGGACAAAGCGUUCAACCAGAACGAUUGCGGCACCGAGUGCUCGCAGAGAUCGGAUUGCACUGGCUUUGCCUACCAGGGAGAGGCCUGCAAAGACCACCGCGACAACGCCGUCCGUGA